AUGUCUGCGAUUGUAAGGUUGGGAGCAGUCGUCGUCGCUUGAGCGACCCUGCCUCGCUGAAGGCCCGAGCUUCGUUCGGGGCAACCUACGGUGGUUUUUUGCAGCAUUUGGCGAGGCUCUUGUGGCUGUUUGAGUGGGAGCUGUAGCGACACCUGCUGGCCUUUCAAUUUGCAAUGCAUGAUGGACUCAUUUGCUUUUCUGAGAGCUGCACAUGUUUUUUUUAUUUGUUCUGUCUCUGAAUGGAAGUAGCAUUGAUGACAGAGGAAGACGGUGUGCUAUAUGAAAGGUUUCAAAGAUGCUAUUUUAUUGUGCUCCUUUCUUGUGCACCUUUAUCAUCUUUAAUGGAGGUGUUGUCUCAUCACCUUUAACCCAACAAGAACUCAUUUCAAAAAUUGCCAACUAUCACAUGCUGGGGAGUAAGGAUGCUUCUCUUCUGAAAAAUGCCCAGAAACCUGAAACUUAUGAAGAAUAUCUGGCAAGAGACUGCCGGGCUGCCUUUCGCCGUGGUAGAAGGGAAAGCGGCCUGUAUGUCAUCCGUCCGAAACACUCUCCCUUACUGGUGGUCUACUGUGACAUGGAGUAUGACGGAGGCGGCUGGACAGUGCUGCACAGAAAUGAUGUCAAUCAAAAAGCACCUUGGUCAAGCACGUGGAAUGCUUAUAAAAAGGGCUUUGGGGACCUUUCAGGAAACCACUGGCUGGGCAAUGAAUUUAUACACCUCUUAACCCAACAAAAUGCCUUCUCUGUGCGGUUCGUCAUAGUUAACAAUGAUGGGGAAACCAAGCAUGCUGACUACCAUAGCUUUAAUGUGGAUAGUGAAGAUAGUGGCUAUGCGCUGAGACUAGGGAACUAUUCAGGAGAUGCAGGGGAUGUGCUGACCACAAUAGGAGAAACAGGUAUCCAUGACAACAUGAGGUUUUCCACCCAAGACCAGGAUAAUGACCGGAGGUCCGAUAGAAACUGUGCACUAGACAGUGGUGGCGGCUGGUGGUAUGAUAACUGUUAUUCAGCCCUUCUAACUAGCAACUCCCUCAUACGUUGGAAAGGGGUGUGCACAGACUCUAGAAGAUGCAAAUCAGCAGCCAUCCUCAUUAGACCAAAUGGACAAAACUGCAACUUAUCUUCAAGAUACUAAUACCUUUGAUAGAUGAAUGCCACUUUAAAGUCUUUCUUUCCCUUUAGAUUAGCCCUGCGAAUCAACCUGAGGGAUCUAGGAUGCAGUGCCCUGAGAAUUUAUCUUCCACAGAUUCCAGCGAGAUAAAGUUUGAGCAGCCAAAAGGACAGCUCUCGUUCUUUUCAGCAGAGCAUAUUCAGGAGAACUUUACAGGGGAGUUUGCUUUUAUUGCCUUGCCUGUUUCGAAACAGCUCUAAAGAAUUUUGGCCCAGAUAUAGAGAUGGUGAAAGCCAGUGCUAAAGUCAAGAACAAUAAAACAAUAAAACAGUUCACAUAUCUCCAUGUGGAACAACAGCAGGUUGUUGAGUGCAGAUGGGGGUUGAAAUACAGGGCUGAUGUAGCUUAACCUCUCUAGUUUUAAAUGCAAAAACACUGACUGUACUUGUGAUUUCAAAAAUACCUGUUAAUAAAAAAAGAUAAAUGGC